GAUGGCGACAGGGGCGCUGUCCCCCGCCCCACCCCCGCGCAGGCCCCAGCCCGCCCAUUCACCCGCGCCGCAGUCUGCGUCCACCCCGCCCAGUGGCCCUCGGUUGCGGCUCAGGGUUUCGCGCAGCACUCCCGAGCCAAGCGGGCUCUCGGAACGAGCAGGGGAGGUGACGCAGCCAGAGCCCAAAGGCAGGAAGCGUCCGCUGCACCCAGUGGGCAAGCGGCCCUGCGCUGCGGCAGCUCAGAGGUGGCAUCGUGCGUGGGGUGGCACAGCCUGCAAGGAGCGGCGGGGCGCGGGCCUGCGGGCGGCUGGAAAAAUAACCUGCAACGGCAUGGUGGGGCUGGGGGUAAGGCGGGGCCUCGGGCCCGGGCUGUUGGCGCUGUCCAUGCUGGGUUUCUGCCUGAUUCUCCAAGUCAGUGCCAAGAGGCCCCCCAAGACGCCUCCCUGCCCGCCCAGCUGCUCCUGCACCAGGGACACCGCCUUCUGCGUGGACUCCAAGGCGGUGCCCAGGAACCUGCCCUCUGAGGUCAUCUCCCUGACCCUGGUGAAUGCUGCCUUCUCAGAGAUCCAGGAUGGAGCCUUCUCCCACCUGCCACUGCUGCAGUUCUUGUUGCUCAACUCCAACAAGUUCACGCUGAUUGGAGACAACGCCUUUACAGGACUGUCCCACCUGCAGUACCUCUUCAUUGAAAACAAUGACAUCUGGGCUCUAUCCAAGUUCACCUUUAGGGGACUCAAGUCCUUGACACAUCUCUCACUGGCCAACAAUAACCUGCAGACACUUCCCAGAGACAUCUUUCGGCCCCUGGACAUCCUGAGUGACUUAGACCUUCGAGGCAACGCGCUCAACUGCGACUGCAAGGUAAAGUGGCUGGUGGAGUGGCUGACACACACCAACACCACUGUGGCCCCCAUCUACUGCGCCAGCCCGCCCCGCUUCCAGGAGCACAAGGUGCAGGACCUGCCGCUGCGGGAGUUCGACUGCAUCACCACGGAUUUUGUGCUCUACCAGACUCUGGCCUUCCCAGCGGUGUCGGCUGAACCCUUCCUUUACUCUAGUGACCUCUACUUGGCUCUGGCUCAGCCAGGCGCUAGCGCCUGCACUGUCCUGAAGUGGGACUAUGUGGAACGGCAACUUCGAGACUACGACAGAAUCCCAGCACCCUCGGCCGUGCACUGCAAGCCAAUGGUGGUGGACAGCCAGCUGUACGUGGUAGUGGCCCAACUGUUUGGUGGCUCUUACAUUUACCACUGGGAUCCCAAUACCACACGCUUUACCAAGCUGCAGGACAUUGACCCUCAGCGCGUGCGGAAGCCCAACGACCUGGAGGCCUUCCGCAUUGAUGGUGACUGGUACUUUGCCGUGGCUGACAGCUCCAAGGCGGGCGCCACCAGCCUCUACCGUUGGCACCAAAAUGGCUUCUACUCCCACCAGGCCCUGCACGCCUGGCACCGUGACACCGACCUCGAGUUUGUGGAUGGCGAGGGUAAGCCAAGGUUGAUUGUGUCUAGCAGCUCUCAGGCACCGGUCAUCUAUCAAUGGAGUCGUACCCAGAAGCAGUUUGUGGCCCAGGGAGAGGUGACUCAAGUUCCUGACGCCCAGGCCGUGAAACACUUUCGAGCUGGCCGUGACAGCUACCUGUGUCUCAGCCGCUACAUCGGUGACUCCAAGAUCCUGCGCUGGGAGGGCACCCGCUUUUCUGAGGUACAGGCCCUGCCCUCCCGGGGCUCCCUGGCCCUGCAGCCUUUCCUGGUGGGUGGCCGCCGCUACCUGGCACUGGGCAGUGACUUCUCCUUCACCCAGAUCUACCAGUGGGACGAAGGACGACAGAAGUUUGUGCGGUUCCAGGAGCUGGCAGUGCAGGCCCCCCGGGCCUUCUGCUACAUGCCCGCUGGGGAUGCCCAGCUGCUCCUGGCCCCCAGCUUUAAGGGACAAACAUUGGUAUACCGACAUGUCGUGGUGGAUCUCAGUGCCUAGAGGGGUGUCGAGGCCUCUGGGCUCCUCAGGGUAGCACUGGAGGCUGGGUGGAGGCCUCUGAGCAGCACGUGUGCCUGUGUGAAGUCACACUGGCCAACCUGCAUAUGCGCCAAUACACACACACACACACACACACAUGGGUGAGCCUGGGCACUCAUCAUAGACUGGCUCGGGGGAGCCAUUCUUUGUCUCUGUAAUCAGCAUGAACUCCUAUACAUUACCAGGCACCCAGGUGUCCUGGCCCUCCUUUUUAUGUGCACCCAUCCCCCACCCCCAUAUCUGUAGGUCCCCAGGGCUUUGCUCCCGUGCUCAAGAUUAGGAGUGAUGGCUUAGGCGUGGAGACGGGCAUGAGCUGCAGCCUCUUGCUCUCCAGUCUAGCCUUCCCACCUUAUGGCCUUUGCUGUGGACAUUCCAGGUGUACCUGUCUCCAUGCUGCAACCUCAGCCACAGCCGUCAGCUCCCAAGCAUACCCACUCUUGCUGUGCCCUUUGUUUGUACACCUGUGGAGGCUGACAGACACACUCCAGCUCUUACUCGCACACACCUACCCACAGUCACACUUCCAUAGGUAAACACAUCCCGCGGGGCACAUAUAGACAGCACUGCCCGGAAGGGCUCCCCGCUGUUGUCACCUUGAUGCUGCUCUUUCUGGAGGGACCCACAGCACCUUAUCUCCUUUGCUCCCCACAGUAUGCGCCCCCCACGGCUGAAAAGACAAUUGCAAUUACACUGGGGAGCCUGGGAGAGCUGGCUUGCUCCUCUGUCCCAAAGCAAUAACAGCAGCAGCCCCUGGGUUCUUUCUCGCUGAAGUUCCCUUCUGUCACCCUGUCCCCAUUUGGGGACAGAAGGCCACCCAGAUGAAAGCCUUUCUUUCUAUAGCUGUGGCUUCCUCAGGGCUGGACCAUCCCCUGGUUCUCCCCAGCUCAAUGAUUGUCCUUGGUGGGCACAGGAGCUGGGUGAACCAGGGAGCCUGUGAGCCCCGGACCCACUCUGUGGAUGCCAAGAGUGGAGUUUGGGUUGCACCCUUUGGGGCCCUGGCACCCCUCCACUGCCCAGGGUCCCACCCCAUGGACACUGUUCUUCGGUGGGGGCUGAACUGUGGGCAGGAAAGGGCUAGGGGUGCGCCAGGAGCCGGGCUUCUGCUGCCCUCUGCUGGACACUGGGAGGACCUGUUCCCAGAGGUCAAGGAGGCCGGUGGAGAUAAGGCAGGGCUCAGGUGGUGGGGACUCCUUGGGGCAGGAUGCCCUGGCUUAGGGGCAAUGCUUUGAUUCACUUGCUUCAAAUAAAAAGCUCCACCCCUCCA